UAUUUUCUAAACGUACAACCGACUGUACUGUCGCAUGCUGGGAGCCCAAUCAUUAGAUAGUAGCUAUCUGGUGUUUAGCGAUCAUCUAUUUCGUUUUGGAACUUAAGAGUUGUUGUGACUAAGAUAUGGCUUAUCGGAUUCAUCGUGCCUGUGUCCUGUGUCAGAGGGUGGUUACUGUUAAGAUAAUGUACAGGGGGCUCAGUGUAGGAGUACAUCCCCAAUCUCAAACUGACUUCCUAAAAGGUGCUCCACACAGAAAACACCCAGGUGUCACCAAUCUGAAGACUGUACGUCUACCAGAGGAACUCCAGAAAGCAGCACUAGCUAUCAUUCAUGGAGCAGAAGUGCCGGGAUUGGCUGACAAAGCAUGCCGUCUCACCAACUUCCUAUGGAGCAGGAAGAGAGCUCCUGAAGAUGCAACACUGAGAGAAAAAGCCACAUCCCUGGAGGAGGCCCUGUGGAAGAAGGCAAAAGAGAAGGAAGAAGAUGUAGACUUUCAGCUGCUGGAGGCACAAAUCACAAAAAAAGUGUUGACUGAACUCAGAAAGACAACAUAUCGCUGGUCCCCUAUGAGGUAUGAUGAAGACUUGGGUGUGGUGUAUAUGGCCGCUAGGCUGGCAGGUGGCUACACUGCAGUGAAAAGAGCAUUAAAUGAGAUAAAAAAAAGGGAUCCCUGUUUCUCCCCUCAUUCUCUCCUGGACUUUGGUUCAGGUUUAGGAACAGCACUCUGGGCAGGACACUCCUUUUGGGCAGAUACUUUGAAGGAGAUGGUGUGUGUGGACAGCUCUGGGGCCAUGAACACAAUAGCGGAUCGUCUUCUAAGAGGCGGCAGUGAAGAGGGGGAACCAGUCAUCGAACAGGUCUAUUUUCGUCAGUUUCUCCCUGUCUCUCCAAAGAUGCAAUUUGAUCUAGUGGUUGGAGCCUUUUCUCUGUCAGAAUUGGGCAGUCAGAGGGAGAGGGAAGAUGUUGUACACACUUUGUGGAGGAAGACCAGCUCUUAUCUGGUGCUUGUAGAAAACGGGACCAAAGAGGGCCAUCAGAUACUUAUGGACGCCAGAAACACACUUCUACAGAAACAAGAAAAAGCAGCCUAUGACCCCAGAAAACCAUCCGUAUUUGCCCCAUGUCCUCAUGAUUCACCUUGUCCGAAGUUGGCCCAGCUACCUUUAGUACCCUGCAACUUCCCUCAAGCCUACAUCCCACUUCCUUUACCUGGGGCCCCAGACCGCCAAACGGAGAAGUUCAGCUACCUGGUCCUGUCAAGGACAGCCUCAACAACUGAAGAGGUUAAUGGAGGGGGGCCGGACUGGGCCAGGCUCACAGCACCAGUGUUACGUAGACCUAGACAUGUGCACUGUCAGAUCUGCUGCUCUAGUGGAGAUCUCAAACGGGUUGUGGUGACAGCACACAGACAUGGCAGAGACGUGUAUCGCUGUGCCCGCAGUAGCGAGUGGGGAGAUCAACUGCCAAUCAUUAGGCCAGAUGACAGUGCAUCUAGAAGUUUAGAUUGACCAGUGAAUGACAUUAUAGAUCCUUAGAGCAGUGGUUCCCAAACCUCUCCUGGGGCCCCCCCAGCCAUCUCACAGUUUAGUUUUUUGCCCUGACCUA